GUUAAAGGUAGUCACAUUUUUUUCCACUAAAAAUUUGUGUAUAAAAUGUUAGACCACAGUUUCAUUACAUUCUAUUUGCACCUGGUUCAGGCAUGAUGUUGAGACUCCUUCUACUUGCGGCUUUGGCACUCUGUGGUAAGCUCCCGUUUGCAAUACUUUACUUAUAAGGUUCAGAAAUAUUUUCCUGGAAUUAUAAUGUUCCAAGAAGAUAACAUAGGGGGAAAUCUUUAUACCAUAAGACAACCUGCUCUUACUAAUGAGAGACAUCAGCUAUAUAAUUUUUACAUAUGUGGGUAAUAGCUUAUUGUUCCAAGGAGAAAUCCGACUGCCAUUCUGAAGCCAGGAAGGUAUUUUUUUUCCUAUUUUUUUGCCUUUUUUGGAUCAACAGCAAAAACAGAUGUCACAGAGGCUGAACUUAAUGGCCACAAGUCUCUUUUAGCCUAUGUAACUAUACACUAACAUAAACCUAUGUCAUUAAUGUAUGUUCGCAGGGAUGUUUGAUUCUGUAUAUAUAAAAUGGUGAGCUGUAAUUAUUUGGUUAGACACAAACUAUAUUGCAAAUUUUGAAUGAAUUAGUUGACAAAAAAUCUAAUUCUGCUAAGGUAAGUUCUGUUUUUUCUGUCUCGUCUUUCAGCCACAAUCAGAAUUUAGUAGAUGGCUAAUAUAUUACAACAUGUCACCCUUUUGGCAAUACAUUAUAUAGCAAAUCAUUUUUAUUUAACAUAAUAUAAUUUAAAGGGAGCAUAUUUUUUUUUUCUUCUGAGGGCUAUGGGAGGUAUGUUUACUAUAAUAGUAUAACAUUUCCAACAUAGAAAGAGGGUUUCUGACUGUCAUUGUUAAUUACUAUAGUGAGUAUUGUUGGGAAUUCAAAGUGAAUUUCAUAUUUAAGAUCAAAAUUUCCAAACCGCGAAGAAAUCUCCAAGUCAGCUAUGUUUUCAAUACAGUUACUUUAGCCUUAAAUUUUAAAUUUACUUUAAAUUCUCUUUGGAUUUCAAACAAAUCUCACUUUCUGGAUUAGCUUGCUAAAGAAACAUUUUCAAACAAUAACAUAAAUUAAACAUAAUCAGCAAUAUAAUGAUAAUUCAGUUCUUAUUUGCAUACAAAGCAUGAGCCAUACAGAGGAGUGUAUCCAGCAAAGAUCGAACUUGAGUUUGUUCAUGCACAAUGGUAAAAUAAAGACACAAAUACUCAUAUGGAAAAAUUUACUAAGUCAGCUACAGUCACAGGUUGGAUAUGUUUGACCCAUAUUUUGCAAUUUGGCUAACACCUUACUAUAAUUCUCUGUUUAGUGAAGAAACAACAAUCAUUAGUUAUUGUUACUUAAAAACCUGAAAUACACGUACAAACGUGUUAUUGCCUAAACUCCAGAUUACAGUGAACUGAAAUUUUGAUCGACAACAUUUAGGCAAAUAUCGCCUAAUAUAAGUUGUGUCCAUAGUUGAAUUGAAGAAUAUUUUUAAAGAAGCUACUUUAAAUAAAUUUAGCAAUUUGGCUUUCUAUUAACUUUAAUUCUGAAUUUUAAAAGCAACGUACUGUAUAGGCUUUAUUUACGAAUGAACAAUGGUAAAUUCAAAACCAAAUAAAAAAAUUGGAAAACUAACUGAAAUUUGCGUAUUUUUUAUUUGGUUUUCAAUUUGCAACAACUGAUAAAUAAAUACUUUUUCAUUCAUAUAUUUUUACUCUGUAAAGUAAAACAAAUUAAGAUGAGAAAUGUGAUACAUAAUGUCUGUGAGUUUGUAUUUACUAGUCUUAUCCUAUGUUUCCAUAGCUUAUUGCCAAGAAGAAUUCCGGUAUAUAGAAAAUGAACGUGUAGUAGGAGGGACUGAUGCAAUCCCAAAUUCUUGGCCAUGGCAGGUCAGUUAUUAAUUUAUCUAAUUGUGAAAAUGCUUGAUAAGAUCUCACAAAUAGCUAUUGGGUGCUCCAUUAUUCUUAUUAAUGGUUUGAUUACAAGUUUAUUGUUUUUAUUUGAAACUAUAGAAUAAUGUUUGGGUGCCUGAUAGCCAAAGAAGGUUUUGGAUGUAAACAGUUGUAUGGUGUCUGAAUUCACGCUCCUCCAAGUGCACUUGAAAUAAUAAGAAUUUGGGCUUCCUCUGAGUAUAACAAAGAUCAAUAUUUGGAUCUAUAUCAAUUAUGGUUAGAGGCUUUUUUAUUAUAAGCAAGCAGUGAAAUAUGAGCUUGGUUAGACGUUAAAGUUAGCCAUUACAGUUAGGAUUAGAAAAAUAAACUUAUCACUCCAAUUAAUUUCCGUCACUCGCCAUUUGGAUAAUAGUUCCUUUGCGUUGUCUCUGUAAUAUGCUUUUUUAAAAAUUAGUGUGGUCUCACCUUUUAUUCAUACACUGCAAUAUCUGUUUCUUUAGAAUGCAACCUCUUCUUCUCUUGAAAGUAGAACUGACUGAACUAACCAUCACCUCAACUCUUUUAUUUCCCAACAGGUUUCUCUUCAAUAUAACUAUAGGGACAACUGGUACCAUAUAUGUGGUGGCACUUUGAUCCGUACUAACUGGGUCUUGACAGCUGCUCAUUGUGUGGACAGGUAACUCUAGCUUGAACUCAUAUCUUUGCCUCCAUCUCUAAAGUAGACAUUUCACAGUUGACAUAGGUUUAAUACCCUGUUGUAGAGUUCACUUUUUUUCAGGAACUGCCCAUACUUUAGGGAUAUAUUGUAUAAAUUAGUCAUUUUUAAUUUCUGCCCUAUAUUGAGCUUCUUUACAUUUUUUUUUUUUAUUUCAGAAUGGUUAAAAUAAACUAGCACGGCAAAAUCCGUGCCAGCGCUAAUGAAGAAAAAUAAUACAUGUGGUUUAUCAAAAAAUGUUUAUUUUCUCCCAGUUUAUUUUUGAAGAUGUAUCUGUCCUUAACUUCUUAAAACCAUAAAAGUUGAUUUUUAUUUUGUUUUUAUACAUUUCCUUAACACAGCCCUGAUUCCUACCGUGUGGCCUUGGGAGAGUACCACCUGUACCAAAAGGAUGGCACUGAGCAAGUUAUUUCUGUGGAUAAAGUGAUAUACCACACCAGUUGGAAUACCAACAACAUAGGGAAGGGGUAAGGAAAUAGACACAAAUUUUAAAAAUGGGGUAGGAGAUCUUUAAAAGCUAGAUUUGUUGUUUACUGUGUUUAGAUACAGGGCCUCCUAUUAAGAUGUAGUGGUUGUGGUGAUUAGUGUUCGUUUAAGUAAUAACUGUGUUCUGCAGAUUAGCUGGAUAUAAAUGGGAAUUCUAGCCUUGUUAACAAAUGUUUGUGAUAUCACUAUAGAUAGCUGCUUGCCUAGUUCCAGUGUGAAAAAUUCAGUUGUCACAGGGAUUGCGUGCAUAUGCUGCCACAAUGCAAGUCUGUUUGUGUGCACUGACACAUGCAAUUGCUCACUGGUCGAUUGUUAUCCUUUUCAGCUGGUGUGUUCACCAAAUCUAGGACAUCAGAGGCAGCAUUGCUGAGAGUAUUGGGUCAAUGUUUCUGUUUUUCUACACUUAAAUGCAGAAUAUUUAUAAAUAAAAUAUAUUUAUUUCCAUUAUUUAUAUCAAAUCCAAAUCUAUAGCAGUGAUAUUGAAGACCCUGAUCUAAAAGAAACUAGUUCUUUAAACUUAGGCCACUAACAUCACUUUGUAUUAGUGGGACAAUCACAAGAGAGCAGAGCAACAUUUACCAAAGACUUGGAUAUUUCUAUAAAAUGAUAGUUACAGUGAGGGGGAAAGGUAUUUGAUCCCCUGCUGAUUUUGAACAUGUGCCCACUGAUAAAGAAAUGAUCAGUCCAUGAUUUUAAUGGUAAGUGUAUUUUAACGGUGAGAGACAGAAUAACACAAAAAAAUCCAGAAACACGCAUGUCAAAAAGUUAUAAAUUGAUUUGCAUGCCAAUGAGUGAAAUAAGUAUUUGAUCCCCUAUCAUUCAGCAAGAUGUCUGGCUCCCAGGUAUCUUUUAUACAGGUAACAAGCUGAGAUUAGGAGCACUCUCUUAAAGGGAGUGCUUCUAAUCUUAGCUCAUUGCCUGUAUAAAAGACAACUGUCCACAGAAGCAAUCACUCAAUCAGAUUCCAAACUCUCCACCAUGACCAAGACCAAAGAGUUGUCCAAGGAUGUCAGGGACAAGAUUGUAGACCUAAACAAGGCUGGAAUGGGCUACAAGACCAUCGCCAAGCAGCUUGGUGAGAAGGUGACAACAGUUGGUGCGAUUAUUCGCAAAUGGAAGAAACAUAAAAUAACUGUCAGUCUCCAUCGGUCUGGUGCUCCAUGCAAGAUCUCACCUCGUGGAGUUUCAAUGAUCAUGAGAAUGGUGAGGAAUCAGCCCAGAACUACACGGAAGGAUCUUGUUAAUGAUCUCAAGGCAGCUGGGACCAUAGUCACCAAGAAAACAAUUGGUAACACACUACGCCGUGAAGGACUGAAAUCCUGCAGUGCCCGCAAGGUCCCCCUGCUCAAGAAAGCACAUGUACAGGCCCGUCUGAAGUUUGCCAAUGAACAUCUGAAUGAUUCAGAGGAGAAUUGGGUGAAAGUGUUGUGGUCAGAUGAGACCAAAAUCAAGCUCUUUGGCAUCAACUCAACUCGCUGUGUUUGGAGGAGGAAGAAUGCUGCCUAUGUCCCCAAGAACACCAUCCCCACUGUCAAACAUGGAGGUGGAAAAAUUAUGCUUUGGGUGUGUUUUUUUGCUAAGGGGACAGGACAACUGCACUCCAUAAAAAGGACGAUGGACAGGCCCAUGUACCGUCAAAUCUUGAGAACCUCGUUCCCUCAGCCAGGGCAUUGAAAAUGGGUUGUGGCUGAGUAUUCCAGCAUGACAAAUUACCCAAAAAACACAGCCAAGGCAAAAAAAGGAGUGGCUCAAGAAGAAGCACAUUAAGAUCCUGGAGUGGCCUAGCCAGUCUCCAGACCUUAAUCCCAUAAAAAAAUCUGUGGAGGAAGUUGCAGGUUCGAGUUGCCAGACAUCACCCUCGAAACUUUAAUGACUUAGAGAGGAUAUGCAAAGAGGAGUGGGACAAAAUCCUUCCUGGAUGUGUGCAAACCUGGUGGCCAACUACAAGAAACGUCUGACCUCUGUGAUUGCCAACAAGGGUUUUGCUACUAAGUACUAAGUUGAAGGGGUCAAAUACUUAUUUCACUCAUUGACAUGCAAAUCAAUUUAUAACUUUUUUGAAAUGCAUUUUUCUGGAUUUUUUUUAUUAUUCUGUCUCUCAUUGUUAAAAUACACCUACCAUUAAACUUAUAAAAUGAUCAUCAUUUCUUUGUCAAUGGGCAAACGUUCAAAAUCAGCAGGUGAUCAAAUACUUUUUCCCUCACUGUAUACAAUAGAAAACAUGAGGUAUGGAGAGAUGUUAUCAUCAAGUGGAGAAAUAUUACUGACUGUUUGUUCAGUGUUGUGUCUCUUUAAAAUGAUCACCAUCAUGGAGAAAUAAUUGCUUUAUGCACGGAUAAAAUAUAAUGGACUUCACUAUUGUAACUUUUUGAAUGGGUUUUAUCUUUAACUUACAGUUAUGACAUUGCCGUUCUCCGUCUGGCUUCCAAUGCUGUCCUAAAUGAGGCCGUGCAGCUGGCUAAUCUCCCGAGUGCUGAUGUUAUCCUUUUAAAUGACUAUCCCUGCACAGUUACUGGAUGGGGUGAUCUUGACAGUGAGUUAAUUUUGUGAAAUCAAUUACCUUUACAAUAGUGUAUCAUAUUAAUUUUAACAUGGCCUUCUUUAAAGGACCACUAUAGGCACCCAGACCACUUCAGCUUAAAGGACCACUAUAGUGCCAGGAAAACAUACUUGUUUUCCUGGCACUAUAGUGCCCUGAGGGUGGGGGCAAAGGGGCUCUGGAAGGGGGAAAGGGGUAAAAACGUACCUUUUUCCAGCGCUGGGCGGGGAGCUCUCCUCCUCCGAUCCACCUCCUCCUGGGCUGAAUGCGCAAGCGCGGCAAGAGCUGCGCGGGCAUUUAGCCGGACGCAUAGGAAAGCAUUUACAAUGCUUUCCUAUGGACGCUGGCGUGCUCUCACUGUGAAAAUCACAGUGAGAAGCACGCAAGCGCCUCUAGCGGCUGUCAAUGAGACAGCCGCUAGAGGCUUUGGGGGAAGGCUUAACCCAUUCAUAAACAUAGCAGUUUCUCUGAAUGCGCAUUCAGGAGAAGAGGGAGGAGAGGAGGAGGAGAGGAGGAGGAGAGCUCCCCGCCCGGCGCUGGAGAAAGAGGUAAGUUUAACCCCUUCCUCUCCCCAGAGCCCGGCGGGAGGGGGACCCUGAGGGUGGGGGCACCCUCAGGGCACUAUAGUGGUCCUUUAAUGCAGGCCAAAAAGUGCAGUGGCCUGGACCCCAUAUUCUCUAAGGGGGCUGUAACAGCUGCAGCUCAGAAACCUUCAUUCCAGGCUAUAUACAGCCAAAGUUAAUAGGGGCAAGGGAGAGUGAAGUUAAUAGGUUGUUCGGAAGAUAUAUUGGGGCUAUGGAAAGAUUUUUGUGGAGAGAUAAUAAUUGCAGGAUUCUACAAAGAUGUUUUUUUUUUUUUCAAUUUGUAUUUUAUUGAAUUUUUAUGAGUAAGACAUAACUUGUCAUUUUAUAUAUAAUAUUCUGGGUACAGAAAAAAAAGGAAAAACACAACUGUAUCACAAUAUAUAUCUACAAUGGUAGGUAAUUGUUAUGUAUCUGAUUGCUUCUCUCUGGGGGUAUUUGGAGAGGAGCAGUGUCGGAUUGCUCUGUUGUGGCUGGUAGUCGCUGGUAUUCCGUUCUGGAGGCUCCUUCGGCUUUCUUGUCUUUGCCUGGUAUACUUGUGUGUUGAUCUCUGGGCGUGUGGGUUGGGUAGGGUUUUGCCCAGUAGCAGCGGUGUGGAAGUAGGUUGUGUCUCAGCUCCAGGAUGUGGCCCCCUCUGAAGGUUUGGCCAGUCUUUGAGCUUUGUAAGUGUUCGCCUCUUUUUUGCCCGUUUGGUGCUGUUUAGCGGGAGUCUCUAUUUGAGGCUGGGGACGCAGUUCCAGGCGUUUAUACAGCUCUUCGGGGUCAUCUGCUGACGUCAGUGUGUACGCUUUGUCACCUGUUGUCACUUCUAGGGAUCCCUCUGCCCCCCAGCGGUAUUUUAUUGAGUGGUCUCGUAGUUUCUUUGCCACAGGAGUCAGUUUGCGUUUCUCCAUCAGCACUGGGAACGGAAUGUCGCUGUAGAUUGCCAACGUGCUCCCUCUGUAUGUUAUGUUUCCCUGUGUUCUGGAGAGUGUCAUGAUCGUGUUCUUGACUGACACGUCGCGUGUCACUGCUAUUACGUCUCUGGAGGUUCCCUCUGGCGCCGCUGGGGAUUUCCUGACUCUGAACACUGAAGUGAUCAGUGGUGGGGUUGACCCCCCCUUGAUUCCCAUGGAGUCUAUGAGAGUCUGUGUAUAUUGUAGUAGGUUCUCUGUGCCUAUUGUCUCUGGAAUCCCCCUGAGGCGUAUGUUUCUGCGUCUGUGACGCAUUUCUAGCGUUGUCACUGUGCGAUGUAGCUGCCGCACUUGUGAUGCCAAGCCUUCCACCUGUGCCUUAGUCUCUUGCAUCAUAUUAUUCCUAUGUGCCUCGUUUGCUUCUAUAGCCCGGACCUUGGUGUGGACUACCCCCACCUCUGUCUGGACCUUCUGGAGGUCCUCCCUCCAUACCUUUCUGAGGUCCAGCAGGAGCCUCUUUAUAUCCCCUUUUGUGGCUGGGGCUGAGUCCUCAUCUGACUCAGGUGCGUCGGAUUCUCCGCCUGAUUGUGGCGUGGGGAGUUCAUCCUCCUCAUGGGAGUCCUCCGACGUCUCCUGGUCCUGGCCCUUGCUCGCCUCCGGCGCCAUCUUUGUUUGCAGCCUCGGCAUAGGUCUGUCAAAGGAGAGCCGUAUAUCUUGAGAACGGGAUGUCUCCGGGUGCUGGGCUCUCUUAUUCUUACGCCCCAUUGUGUCUGCUGGUGGGGGGGUGAGAUGUGGUAUUCGGCAAGCCUGUAUUUCUGGCCAAAAGGUCUCUUUUCUGUUAUCGAGCACGGAGCUUCGCUCAGAGACGUCCGUGCAGUCGCUCAGUUGGCCACGCCCCCUCUACAAAGAUGUUUUGUGGUGUGCUCAUAAGAAUACGUUUGCCCAGAGCCCUAUCCAAAUUAAAGAUGACCCUGAUUCCAAACAAUGAACGCAUUAAAGUAGUGUAAAAAGUAGUAGUCAUGUGUUCCACUAAACACCAUAGGAUGAAUCAGUAGAGGCUGUUGAAGUUUUGAGAGGAUGUGGCACCAUAUUCCACCUAUGGAUUUUGACUCCACAUUUUCUCUCUAAAAGUAUCACCUCCUGAUCUAUAAGAAUUAUAUGAGAUAUCAAAAUGGUUGUCAAAAUAAAACAAACCCUUUUUUGUUAACCCUUUGAGUUCCAUGAUUUUUAAAUUAGUAAGGUAUUUAUGUUAUUGUUUAUAUUUUACACCAUAACACAUGAAAGCACAAGCACUUCACAAUACCUGAUAGUUUACAUAAAUUAUUUAAAUUCUGUGUUUCCUGCGUGGUCCUCUUUAUUGGGGAUCUUCUUUACUUUCUAAAUAUAUUUUUGGAGAUUCCCCUUUAAGCAACUAUUAGUUGAGAAAUGUUUUUGUUCUCUUACGGUAACAAAAUCCAUAAUUUUGUUCUGCAGGUAAUGGAGCAGAAGCUAUUAUCCUCCAGCAGGCCCCACUGCCUGUAGUAUCCCAUGAAAUCUGCUCAUCUAGUUCCUACUGGGGAAAAUCAAUUAAGACCACCAUGGUGUGUGCUGGUGGAAAUGGAGUUCACUCUGGAUGUUUUGUAAGAAUUUUUAAAUAUUUCUUAUUUAACCUAUGUACAAAACUACACUCUAAUAUUCUAUCAAUGGCAAGUCACCUUGGGAGUUGUAAUUCUACAAGGGAUUUAUAUGGUUUAUAGAUUGUAUUACAUAAUCUUUUUGAAGACCAUUGAUUAAGCACUGUGUAAUUUACUAUUCAAUAAUUAUUAAUGUAGUUGAGUUUGCAAAAGGCAUUUGGUAAGUUAAAAUAAUUAAAUUAUUUACAAACCAUUCUUAUUGUCCUAUUGAAUUUUACUUCAUAUGAUUACUUUUUUCAGAUUUUCUUUUCUCUUAGAAAUGUUCUGCAGUGUUUUUGUUAACAAACAUCGGCCUCGAUUUAAUAUUUUCACACGAUCUUUUCCAAUUAUUGAAUAUUUUUGUAUUAGCUUUAAAAAAAAAAAAUUGAAAUAUAAAAAUAUAAAAAUAUACCAAUACAUGGAAAAAAAAGAAUUAUCCUAAAAGACUAAAUCAAGGCCAUCGUCUGUUAAUAUUACAUGAUGAUAAAAACUGCCUACCCUGUUUUCUCUACCCUGCCAAGACUUAGUAUUAGUAAAUUGAUUGCUUAAUGUGCAUUUGUAUUUUGGACAGGGAGACUCUGGUGGCCCAUUAAACUGCCUUGUUAAUGGAGGUUAUGAAGUCCAUGGAGUAACCAGCUUCGUGUCAUCUCUCGGAUGUAAUGCCUACCGUAAACCUACUGUGUUUACCAGGGUCUCAGCCUACCUUAGCUGGAUCAAUGACGUGAGUUACUACACCAAAUAGGCUACUGUAUAUUCAUACAUACUAUUUUUGUUUGACCCUAAAAUAAAACAAUUGUAUUGAACAAUGGAAAACAAAGCACUCAUAAUAAUAAUAAUAUUAGUAAUCUUUUCAUUAAAUGUAUCAUAUCUCAUACAUAUCAAUUAAUUAAAAAACAAGAUUUUGUUUAUUUGACCUUACCACAUAAUGAAGAAUAUCUGGUAGGGUUUGUAGCUAGACUAUCUAUUAUGGAUUUGGCAAACAAAGCAGCGGAUGUUGUUGUCUAGUUACAGCAUUGCCUGAUCUGUUUUAAUAGGUGCGUUUAUGAAAUAUGUUCAAUAUAAAUCCCAUUCUUUUAACCAUCAGCCAAUGAGCUCCCCUAACAAUCAUCACAGGACGUGGUUAUGAUACAAAUUAGCCCAUCUAUUUAAAUGUACUUCUUACCUGAAGUACUACAUAUAGAUAUUCUAUAUAAUAUGCUACUGUAUGACAUCACAUUUUAAUAUUUUUAGAGAUCUAACACAACAUGUAUGGGUUUGUUCACUGACAGACAGUGAAUUGACAGCCAGAAUUCCUAGAUCUAAGCAAACAUACCCAAGUCGGAAACUUCUCAAAAUACAAUAAAAACAACUGUCUUCCGUUGCUGCUUGACUCAUGUAAUUCAAUAGCAAUUCACCUCACUUUACUUUAUCUCUUUCUUUCAUUCAUUCACUUUUCAUUCAGCUAGCUUUGAGUUGUAGGAAUGGUUAUAUCAGAAGUAUUACAAUGUUUGAUUUAAAUGUAAAGUGGUUUCUUUUACCUUUCAGGAGAUCAAUGCCAACUCCUGAGAUUUCACCUCGAAAUUUAAAGAUGAAGAUACCUGAAUUAAAGAAGAACUAAAAUAACCAUCGUUUUAAAAAUAUUUUUAAUUUCUAACUACUGCUUGUGUUUAGAAGUUUGGUUAGACAAUCUCUUUUCAUGCAAAACUUGAUAAUUUAAAUUAAAAAAAAAUGCAAAUAGAAGGCACUGUUUGUCUGUUUGUAUAAUAGCACAAAAUAAAAUGAUUAAUGACCUGUGUAAACAUUGGAGAUGAAACUUUAAAAAAGUGAAAUGUACCCUUGCAUUCCAGCCAUGGCAAAGUCCCAGCGGAAUAAAAAAACAUGAAUCCUCUUUGAAAUAUACAACAAUCAAAAUAGAGAAAAAUGUAUUUUUAAAAAA